GUAAAUAUAAAAAAGCACUUUUUAAAUGAUACCCGCAAUUCUUGAAAAAGCAUGCUCUAUUUAUUGCAUCUUUUUGCACAUUUUCUGAACCGUGCCAGACCCCAUAGCUAUAUUUGUGUGGCAGUCCAAAAAUUAUUUUUUGUUUCUCACAUUAUAUUUAUUACUCAUAGACCAAGAUUCUCUUUGACUCACAGCUGUGGAAAACCACACACAUUCACAUGUCACUCAUUAUCCAUGUGUGUGUGUGUGUGUGAGAAAAAGGGUUGUGACAGGUUGGGUCGGUGUCCCUCAGGGUUCAGGAGUGUUUGUAGAUGAUAAUUGGAAUUGAGCUGAUGUUACGCACUUAGACCCUGUCCCAGCGGAAACCCCCCGAGAGAGAGAGUGUGUGUGUGUGUGUGUGUGAGAGAGAGUGAGAUGGAUUAUAAAUAAGGAGGAAGAGGAUGGAGAAGGUUUCAGUAAAGAAGUGGUGGGUUUUCCUCAGCUGCUCCAUCACUGGUUCCAGUAGAAGGCUGCUGGCAGAAGGUACCGACUCAACACUACAGACUCUGCAGAACAGCAGAUUUCAGAGGAACCAAAUAGAAAACACCUGCCCAGGAGAACCGUGAUGGUGAGUGUGUGUAGGCUGUUGCUGGUGGCGGCUCUGCUGCUGUGUUUGGGAGUGCAGCUGUCUGUCUCUCAGCACUGGUCUCACGGCUGGUACCCCGGAGGAAAGAGAGAGAUCGACCCCUACAGUUCACCAGAGGUGUCAGAAGAAAUUAAACUGUGUGGAGCAGGAGAAUGCAGUUAUCUGAGACCUCUGAGAACCAACAUCCUGAAGAGCAUCCUGCUGGAUGCCCUCAUGAGGGAGCUUCAAAAAAGGAAGUGAUGUCACAUUGCUGGGACAACCUUCUCCCUUGUUGUGCUACAUUUAUGUUGUUGCUGAUUCUUAACCCUUUUUCUUUUUGUGCAAAUCAAUUCUGUUUGUGUGUCAUGUGACUUUUAGCACUUCAAUAAAAUCUUUAUUUUGGUA